UUCCUAGGAGUAUCUUUUGAAAACAUGUGAAAUUUGAAUGUUUAAAUUUUAAAUUUUAUUUUAUCAUGUUUUCUAAAUAAGGGUAUCACGUAUUCUAAAUAUGGCAGAAGAUGAUGAAAAAGAAAAACUUAUUAAUAUGGUAAAGAAACAGGUAAAAUUGUUGAUGGAAGAAGCUGUGGCCAAAAAAAUUAUUUAUGAAGAUAGCAGUUCUGUUUUGGCUUUAUGUGCCGUAAUAGAUGUCUGUCUUUCCCAUGGAUUAAAACGCCGGGCCGUUGGGCUAUUCCGUACUAACACAACGACGGCACUCUUGCAUAAGCUGGCUAAGAAGGGUGGGCCGGCUGCAGCUUUAGUCAAAAUACUGAAUGAUGAAAAGACUUUGCAGGAAGCUAGCAAGAAAAUGAUAAAUAACGCGAAUCGGUCCGAUAGCGGGGUUCCACCUACUCCGCCUCUAUCGUCCGGGAUUAUCAUAAAACGCUUCCCUUUCUCAUAUUCACGGUCCCAAUCUUCUUCAACAACAACCACCAACACUUCAUCUUCGUCUUCUUCUUCAUCCCAUGCCACAGUCGAUACAUCUCCACCUCCCCCUACACCUUGUUCCCCUUUCAUCAAUACCAUAAAUAGUACAACGUCCUCUACAUCACACACCUUCCAUUCCAAUUCCAUGUCAAUUAAAUACACUUGGAUCAAAACGGCCCUCGUGCACAAACAACUUACGCCGGUCGUUGAACAAAUAGAAAAAUACGCUUCCGAUUAUUAUGAAAGGUUCGCUUUAGCUGCAGACCCGGCCCUGGGACCACUGCUACUCACCCUUAUAGCUGGGCCCGCUCUAGCUUUAAAAUACAUACCUCAUAAUUCUACAUCUUUCCCAUUUAGGUCAAGUGGGGAACUAAGUGCUAGUGAGCUAAUUGAACGGUCCAAGGUCAAGGCUAAGAGAGAUGGUUGUAACCACAAUCCUACCCACGACUAUAGUGAUUCACAAUGCUACGGCAAAAACAACGUAGUGACAGGCACGACUGGGGAAGCCGGUUAUUUAGCCCUCAAAACAGAAAUUAAUUGCGGAGACAGAAAUAAUAAAAAAGCGGGUUUCAAAACAUUAAGGCUCGAAUGGACCCCUAACGCUUUACUAGAGAAAGACGAAAAAGAGCACGAUAAACGACCCAUUUUAGACGACGUUAAAGCGAUAGGUUUGAAGCGAUUUUGGGCCUCGAGCAACGAUGGAGGACUUGGAAUAAGUAGCCAAACGACGAGGAAUGGAUACAAUGCUGUUAAUAAUGUUGGAGUAAUUGGAGAUAAGAAACGAGAAAAGGAUAGGGAAGGAAUGGGAAAAGAGGGAGGAAUAGUUGAAGCUUUAUCGGUUGAUCUUAGAGAAGUGCUUUACGUGCAUUGUCACCAGAAAUCCGAUUCCAACGAUAGCAUAAUAUUGAUCCGCCAUGACGGUGUUCAAAUUCCACCCCUGUUUUUCCCCAAAGGUAGUCACUUGUUAACCUUUUUAGCUUGUUUAGAAAAUUGCCUAGCUCCGAAUUUCAAAUUAGACCCUCCUUUGUGGGAUCAUGAUUUAAAAGGCAAAAUUUUUCCCAAGUUCAACCCUAAAAAUGAACGUGGAAAGAAAAAAGAAAUCAUCGGGAAAAUGAUAAAAAUGGACUCGGCUUCCAAAUUGCAACGGCAUUUUUUCUUCAGUAAAUUAUCGGAGGAGAAUAAAUCAACCGAUCACCUCACCCAUCUCAAAAAGUUAAAAACGCCAAGAUCUCUCGAUAGCAUAACAGGACCCGAUGCUUCCCCUAUAGAUAAAGAAUGGCAAUCAGAUGCCGUUGCUGAUUUUGAUUACAUUUUUCGAAUCAUAUCCAACCAAGAUUCAAAACAUAUUCAAGAAGUUUCGAUCGAAUCCGUUGAAAAUAAUGGUGAUAUUAGAGGCAAUCAAUUUGUAUAUCCCAGCAUUGACAAAUACGAAUCCGAUAAUGUAUUCUUAAACGGAAAAUUAAAUAAAGAGAUUUUUUGUGUCGGAACAAAUGAUUUGGAGGAAGAAGAAAACGAACUAGAAGGUGAUGGAAGAGUAGAAAAUGCUGAAAUUGGGAAUAAUAUAAAAUAUUUAUGUCACGCUGAUGAAAAACUGAAUACAUCGUCACAAACCAUCAGUAUUAACGAUAACGCCACAUCACAAGACAAAAAAUUAUUACUGGCUAGGGAAUCGAUGCAACAGUUAUGCGAAACUAUGAAAAAACAAAUAACGACACGUGCUUUUAUCGGAUGGCUGAGCUAUUGCAAACACAUAAGAGCUGUUAGAAAUCAAUUGUCUCACUUAGUCUAUCCUUGGUCAAGGUAUGUCAAAUACGUUGAAAGAGAAGAGCUUUGCAAAAAUGGACUAACUAAGGAAUUGUUAACCCUCAUACAGGAUACUGACUCCAGGAUAAUAGACCCGGAUUUGAUGAUUGGGGCCAUAUACAUGGGCGGUGUUCAGGAUAAUCUACGCGAAAAAAUAUGGCCCUUUUUGCUGGAAUAUUACCAUUUUUCUUCCACUACUGAGGAGAGAACUGCGCUUCUUAAAAAUUCCAAACAAAGUUACGAAUACAAUUACGCUGAAUGGGCCAAAUUGGAGUCCUUUAUUAAAGAACGGGAUAAAGAGAUCGCAGCAAUUCAACUUCAAAAAAUGACCGAAAAAUCGUUCUCCAAUUGCACGGAUAAAAUAAGCUGUACAAUAGAUCAAGAAAACGAUGCUAAUAUCUCUGGAGAUAAUAAUUUAAAUACCCAAAAACCUUUAAACCGGACUCAUACCGAAGAAUCACUCGAAUCUUCUAAUGGCAAUUGUUCAUCCUUGUUAAGGCGUAUAAGUAACACUUCCCUCUUCGGCAAAAGGUCAUCAUUAAUCCUAUACAAAAACACCCCACCUCCCAACAACAAAAAAAUAGGUGAGAACAUCGAUAAAACCCAGAGAACUACUCUCAAAGAAAAUAAUCAAUGUAAAAAGCCUGAAAAUACCUUCGAAACUAUCACUUCUUUCGACGAAGUCUUUGAUAAAAGCGAUCAAGUAAACGGCACCGCAAGCCCUCUUUAUCCAACCCCUAUUUCUAUAAUCUCGUCAAAUCAUAAUGCAAUACGUUCACCACUUGAUACAUCAAUUAACGGUUAUAGCGAUCAAAUUGAUUCAAAUAAACAUAUUUCUCCUUCAAAAAUCUCCAAUUUGGGACCUUUUUUAGAAACAUCUCGAGAUUUUUCUUAUUCUCCAGCAGAAUUAAUGGAAACAACGCCGAACAUCGAUGAUUUCCAUCAUAUGGAGGAUAUUUAUGACAAAAUAGAUGAUAUAAUCGACAUUGAUUGUAACUCGACGUUCAAUGACAAAAAUAGGUAUGCUCAAUGGCAACAGGACAAUGAUACUCUGUUUUAUCCGCCUGAAGUAAUUGACAAUUUCGCUUUAAAUAUACACCGUAUCGAUAAGGACGUUUUAAGGUGCGAUAGAAAUUAUUGGUAUUUCGAAAAUACACACAAUUUAGAUAAACUCAGGAAUGUGAUUUGCAGUUAUGUGUGGAAAAACUUGGAAUGUGGCUACUUUCAGGGAAUGUGUGAUUUAGCCGCUCCAUUGUUAGUUAUCUUUGACGAAGAAGUAAUAACGUAUGAAUGCUUUUCAAAGUUGAUGGAAAAAAUGUCGGGAAAUUUCCCAAUGAUGGGAAAUAACAUGGACGACAAUUUUUCAUAUAUGGCUUCAUUGAUACAAGUAAAUAAAAUUUUGGAUCCAGAAAUGCAUCGGUUAAUGCAAAAAAGUGGAGAAUAUACCAACUUUUACUUUUGUUAUCGAUGGUUUCUAUUAGAUUUCAAAAGAGAAUUAACCUAUGAGGACAUAUUUUUGGUGUGGGAAACAAUAUGGGCUGCUCGAUUCACUGUAUCCAACCAUUUUGUCCUAUUUAUGGCGCUAGCUUUUGUAGAAUAUUAUCGGGUCGUUAUCAUUGAUAACGAGAUGGAAUUUACAGAUGUGAUCAAAUUUUUUAACGAAAUGGCUGAAAAGCAUCCUGUGAAAGAAAUUUUAAAUCUCUCAAAAAUUUUAGUCCAAAGCCUUCAAAAGCUUUUAUAUACCAGCUGAAAAUAUAUUAUUUAUGAAGAUUAUUUACAAAAUAUACA